AUGGUAUGGUAUAAACUUAAUAAAGAUAAUUUAGAUUGCAGAUGUUUGGAUUUAAAAAAUUUAUAAUUUGAGUAAUAUUUUAUUGACCUAUACUUUAAAGAUAAACCAGGGAUACCUAGUACGUCAUCUACAUUACUCUUGA